AUGGUCGCUGCCGCCGUCCGGAUGCGCACUCCGAGUGCCAUGUUCAUGUCUCGCGGCGCCGCCGCUAUGCGGCGCCCCCAGGUCUCCUAUAAGUUUCAGGAGGUGAUGCAAGCUCAAUUGCCCGCCCUGUCCGCUCUUUCCCGCUUCUAUGCCUCCAAGUCGUUUCCUCCGCACACUAUCAUCAGCAUGCCGGCUCUGUCGCCGACAAUGUCCGCGGGAAACAUCGGCGCGUGGCAGAAGAAGGCCGGUGACGGCCUCCAGCCUGGUGAUGUCCUCGUGGAGAUUGAGACCGAUAAGGCACAGAUGGACUUUGAGUUCCAGGAGGAGGGAGUGCUCGCGAAAGUCCUGAAGGAGACCGGUGAGAAGGAUGUGGCCGUCGGCUCGCCCAUUGCUGUUCUGGUUGAGGAGGGCACUGAUGUGUCUCCCUUCGAGUCCUUCACUCUGGCUGAUGCUGGUGGUGAAAAAGCCGCCCCGGCCACUGAGAAGAAGGAGGAGCCCAAGAGCGCCGAGUCGUCCGCCCCGACCCCGGCCCCGGAGCCCGCCGCCCAGGAGCCUGAGACCUCCGGUGACAAGCUGCAGCCCAGCUUGGACCGGGAGCCCUCGAUCAGCCCGGCUGCCAAGGCUCUGGCUCUGGAGAAGGGUGUCCCCGUCAAGGCUCUGAAAGGCACCGGCCGUGGUGGUCAGAUCACCAAGGAGGAUGUCGAGAAGUACCAGCCUACCGGUGGCGCCGCUGCCGCGGGCCCUACUUAUGAAGACCUUCCCAUCACCUCGAUGCGCAAGACCAUCGCCAACCGCCUGAAGCAGUCGAUGCACGAGAAUCCCCACUACUUCGUGUCCACUACUCUGUCUGUCACCAAGCUCCUCAAGCUGCGCCAGGCCCUGAACGCCUCCGCUGAUGGCAAGUACAAGCUGUCGGUGAACGACUUCCUCGUCAAGGCCUGUGCUGCCGCUCUCAUGAAGGUUCCUCAGGUCAACUCCAGCUGGCGUGAGGAGAACGGCCAGACCGUUAUUCGUCAGCACAACACUGUUGAUAUUAGCGUUGCCGUGGCCACCCCUGUGGGUCUGAUCACUCCAGUGGUCAAGAACGUGCAGGGUCUCGGUUUGUCUAGCAUCUCGAACCAGAUUCGGGACCUGGGCAAGCGCGCUCGUGACAACAAGCUAAAGCCCGAGGAGUACCAGGGUGGCACCUUCACCAUCAGCAACAUGGGCAUGAACCCGGCGAUUGAGCGUUUCACUGCCGUCAUUAACCCCCCUCAGGCCGGCAUCCUGGCUGUCGGCACCACCCGCAAGGUCGCGAUCCCCGUCGAGACCGAAGAGGGCACCGUCACCGAGUGGGAUGACCAGAUUAUUGUCACCGGCAGCUUCGACCACAAGGUUGUGGAUGGUGCCGUUGGUGGCGAGUGGAUCAAGGAGCUGAAGAAGGUUGUUGAGAACCCGCUCGAGCUUCUGCUGUAA